AUGGAAAGGCCUUCUGCACCAGCCGGGAGGUCGAAAAGGAUGAAUGAGCAACCUAAUCUCCCACAACACAGCCCUGGAUUUCCUUUGUCGUCGCCAGUACUGGAAAUAGUGACCGCGUUGAAGCCGAGCAACAUUACUGACCUCCUGGAAACCAGUAAUCCAUUCUUCACGCCCAACCCGUUUACAUCCAGUUCCUCCUCUGACGACAGUGGGAAUUCCAGCGGUCAGGACGAAUUCCACCUCGAGCGGUAUAGUCAAGAUGCGAAACGCAUGGCAAAUGUGUCUCACUCGCGGAGGAAUCGUUCUGUGAAGGGUCGACAGGAAACAUCGGCAUCCAAGUCAGCUCGCAGGCCCCGACCGGGGUUGAACAUCGUCACCAACUUCUCUACUCGGGCGAAACGGUCGCAGACUGAUGGCCUGGUAAUUGACAAGGUACACUCACGCCGACCACAGAUCGGACCGCGCUAUGCCACUUCUAUUGUCUCCGCAAAAGCAGAGCAUAUUGGCAAUCCUGACCACGCCUCUCUGUAUGGGAAUGGGAGGCGAAUCGAAAUAUCAAAGGUGGAAAGAUCGGAGGAAAGUAAUGACAAAGAAGCCGGCUUAAAAUUGCAAGAUGCGAAAUCAAAGCGAAAGAUGGGGGCCGAACCUAAGAUCGACGGACAACUCACGACCUCAACUGCACCAUUCCGGCUUCCUGCCGCAUCCCAGCAGCAUCUCAGCAAAGCUCUGAUAGUCAAUGAAUAUUCCCCCGAGGCAAGAUCAAUACUUAUUGGACUUAGCGUACCAGAAAACGAGGCGGAUGCGCACCGACUCACAAAGGGGUUAGACAGUGCUGCCUCCGGGCCCACACCUGACACUCCUGCAAUAGUGGUGACGCCUGCUGAAGAUGGUGAGGCAUGGAAACGCGGGUCUUACGGCGAACGCAGACCUACUUCUGGCAUCUAUUCCAUCUUUCCUCAAGCCGAAGCACAGGUCUCGAAACAUCACACUCCUCCUGUGCCGAAGAUCCCUCAAAGUCAUCUCAACCCUCAAAAGACGACUUCAAGCACCCCUGGUGCAGUUGUUUCUGGCACUACGAAAAGCGGUCACGAACAGGACGAUACCGAGUCCGAAUUUGAUGACGAACGGGGGAUAGAUUCUGUGGACAACGCCCCACGGCCCUCGUUCGAGAGUCAAGAACCCAUAUUGUCCACGGAGUACGAUGCUGGACGGCCUCGAUCACAAGGAUGGUGGAAUCUUAUGCUCUCACCCAUGCUCUCAAGAAAAGGCACCAUUGUGGAUAAGCGCGGCACCAAAAGGGCGGAUGUUCCUCCGGUGCCAGCUGCGGCGGAUACGCACAAAUCGGUUUGCGUGUCUUCUUGCUCUCCAGAUUCCCCAAUGACACCCCGACGCCUCGGUUUGGCCGAAGCCAGGGCCAGUGUUUGGUCUCGUUGGAGCCCAUGGCAGAGGGAACGCAGUGGGAGUCUAGAGACAAACAAGCAAAGUGAAGCUUCUCAUGAGGACAAACAGGUUGAGACAACUCAUGAUGCUGCCGAAUCUCUGGGCCAUAUUUCCAGAAACAACACUAGCCAAUAUUAUCACGCAUGCGCUGUGGAACAGCUGAGCGGUGGGCACUAUUUUGAAUGCCAAAACCAUUCGUGCACGGAAAGACUUCCUCAACUGCAGUCUGUGUUUGAUUGCAGAUCUGCAGACAAGCCGUCGUCCCCUGCAGAGCGCGCUGCUCGCCCUGUCGACGGACACGCCGCCAACGGUAGCAAGUCUUUCGCGAAAGAUACUAGUGUGGUGAGCGAUCUUCCUACUUUAUCCGGUGGACCCGAACCGUCCUCACGGGAGGUUGGCCAAGUGGAAUCAGCUCAAGUUCCCAAAGACAAAUCCCUGGAGACUCCAGGAGAGCAAGGAGACAUGACAGCAGAGCCGCGUUCCCAGUCAGUACCACCAGUUGAUGAGGCAGUGGGGCUCCAGAGGGCACAGCCGUCCCCUGCGUCGGAGGGUAACCACCCCCGUACGCAAUAUCCAAACGUUGCGACUGUCAUGCCGGCGCAUGCAGAUCCUCCCACAAUCAUGUCACCUGGUCCCAUUUCCCCGGAAAUGCAAGAAAACAUGGUAUCUAGGGGCGCGGUACCCAUGACUGAGGUCCGGCAAAAUUCAAGCCAAGUUCCUCCUUCAGGUGAGGCGUACAUGCCGAACCAACCGUCAAUCCCUCAGCAUUUACAACCUUCAGAGAUUACGAUACACAAUUACACAACCCAUGUGGACAGGUCUCCUGCUCGCGAGCCGGUUCAAAUCUUUCAAGCAGAGCCGCCACAACCACCCCCUAGUCCUCAAGUGGGCGGGCAGAGCAGCCGACGCGUUGUCGAGAGAGAAGAACCUCCGAGAAAGGAAGAAUCGGAUGCUUCCCGAAAACCUGGUUUCCUGUCGAAGCUGUGGGGUUUGCUCAAGAAGAAACGAGCCACACCACAAGCAGGUCCGCCGAGGAGCAAACGACAUUGGACAUUGAUCAUAUCCAUUCCGUUGUUCUUGGUUAUUCUGACAUGCUUGCUGCUGGCUCUCUUGCUCACGCGAUCAGGGGACGGUACCCCCGCCCAAAGUCAAUGGCUGAACUUGACAGGCUACCCUCCAAUACCCACGGGUAUUUCUACGAUAGCCAGACCCGAUGCCGUCAAGCAACAGUCUCAAUGCGUCGCACCCGCUACGCUAUGGAGCUGUUCUUUACCCAAAGAAAGCCAGGCGGAGAUUGCGCCCAACAACGCAGAUCAGCCCAACUUCCGGUUUUCAAUUACGUUCAAGAAUGGCACGGUUCCAGCUAAUAUGACGGUUCCUGUGAGUAACGGUACGGGGGAAGCAGGACACGUGGGCAAGCGUGCAAAGGACCCGUUCACCAACGACCUUUUCGAGCCGAAUCCAGAGCCUCCUAGCCGAGCGGACCAGAUCUUCAUGGGAAACACGACGGAUAAUAUCACACAACCGUUUGAAGGAGAAGCAACGCCGUUUUUCAUCACCUUCAUUCCGGUCUUUCCAGCCGACCCGUCCAAUGUCACCAGCAACGAUCCGACUGUUUCACGUUUCCUGGCCCGACGAGCCACGAAUUCUUCAGACUCGAUCCCGGCUCCCGAUGUGCUGGAUGACGGCAGUGCGGCUCCUGCCAACCUGCUGCCUAACGCACCAUAUCCGACAUCACAGCCCAUCAAGCUGUACAAUCGUGGUCAGGCCGACGAACACUACGGAUUUUACAUGUAUUACGACAAGGCCAUCUUUCUGAAGUCGACCACACCCAUCAACACGACGGGUUUCGCGGACAAUGGCGGCGUCGACCCCGAAGAUGAGAAUGGCGGCUCACCACGCAGUGAAUCGAAACUGAGAUGCACCUUCAGUCAGACACGGUUUCUGGUGCGAAUGUGGACCAACCCGGCGUUCGGUGCUACUUUGCUUGCUCCGAUCAUCAACAGCAACAGCACCGGUGGAAACGGCAGUUCAGCGACCAACUUCAACCGUCCUGGGUCGUUUCCAUAUCCCACGACGCUGAGUGUGGACCGACACGGGGGAAAUAUCAACAAAAAGGCCGUGUAUUGUUAUGGGGUGGACGAUUUGCAGGUGAUACAGACGGAUGUCAGGAGUAUUGUGCCCGAGGCGCGUGGCCUGGGGGGAACAUUGAUCAAUCCGGCCCCGCCACUAGUUAAUGGAACAGUUGGUGCAGAAGAAGCUGACUUUGACCCAAACGCUGGAGGGAUUGAUGGAGGCACGGGGGGUUGCGAAUGCAUAUGGCAGAACUGGAAUUGA